GUCGUUUCCCCAAAACCCUAACCCUAAAAUGUGUUAGUCGCCACCUUGUGUUCCCCUCUCAGCCGUCGCCUGGUUAAGACCGAUCGGCUGCCUCCUAGCCAUUGUCGGAGUCACGAGCCACAGCCACGCUACCUCAGUUGCCGCCAACGGGUGAAAAAUCGUUGAGACGAAUGUGGACGUCGGGCAGAAGAGGCCGAGGGAACAAAUCGCGAUUUUGCUGCCAUUAUUCCCCGCCGGAGAACGUACGCCUCCUUGUCUCCAUCCUUGCUGUCGCCGAGCUAUCACCGCCAUUGCUAUAUCGAGCAGCGGUUGCGGUUGACGCCUCCCCUCCGACUGCCAUGCGCCACCAUGAAGGUGGCUGUGAUUGGGUACUACUCAGGAUCACGGGAAGGCGCCGGCUUGAUUGUACACACGAGAUGAAGUUAUGUUUAUGAGGAUCCUGGAUUUUAUUCAAUUAACUAUGAACAUGUGUUUUUGAUAAUUUGAUAUUUGGGGAUUUGUAAUAUAUGUUGACGAGAUUCAUG